AUGGGACUGGAUGGGAUCCACCAUGAGCUUGCAUUUCCACAGAACAAUCAAAACCAGCGUGUGGUGCAGCCAAAAGCCAUUCAAAACACAGUCAGAUCACUGACUGUUCCAAGUGCGUCUGGUAGCCUUCCAACUUCUGCUCUAGUUGUUACACCGUCACACAUUACUCUUGUAUCUAGUAAUCUUCCUGUAGGUCAGAAUAAUGUUAAUAUUCAGCCAUCACCUUCCCAGCCUAUCAUUGUUUCCCACAGGCUCCCCCUUAACCAGCCUAUGAGGGCUAUUCCUCUUAAUCAUUCUGUUGGGACCGUACAUAGAACUGCGGCCCCCGCAGUUCUUCCUCUUAGUCAACCUGUCAGGCCUGGGCUCUUUCCUAUUAAUCAGCCCAUUGGUACUAUAAAUGGUCCGGUUGCAGCUGGAAAGCUACCUGUUACUCAGCCUGUCAGCCCUGUGAAUCGACUGGUUGCACCAGGAGUUAUCCCUGUCAACCAGUAGCUUGGGAAUGUGAAUAGACCCAUUGGUCCCAGGGUCCUUCCUGUGGUGCAGACGGUUGCGUCAGCGGUUCUCCAGCUUAACCAGCCUGUUGUGUCUGGGGUUGUUCCCGUCAGGCAGCCUGUCAGACUGGGGUUUCUUCAGCUUAAUCAACCUGUUGCCCCAGCAGUUAUCCCAGUGAAUCAGCCAGUUCAACCUGCAGUUUCUCAAAACAUGACUUUUUUGACUGUGGGUUCUAUACUCAGGCAGUUGAUUCCAACUGGUAAGCAAGUUAAUGGGAUACCUAUGUACAUGCUUGCCCCAGUUUCGGUGACUUUGCCUGUACCUCCUGGUGGUAGAGUAGCAACUGUUACGCCACCACAAGUGCCCAUCCAGCUAAUGCAGUCUGGGACAGUAACUCAGUUGUCCCAGUCACCAGCUAGUGCACCCUCUCCUCCCGUCGUUUUAACGUCUCAGAAUAUAUUGUUACUAGCCUCCCCACCUGGUCCUGAAACAGGUCAGCUGUCACAUGCUAAGCAGUGGAAGACUUGCCCUAUUUGCAAUGAGCUUUUCCCAUCAAAUGUCUACCAGGUGCACAUGGAGGUGGCCCACAAACGUGGUGACAUAAAAAUGGAGGAAAGCCCGGAACCUGACAAGCUUGCAGCUUGCGCACCCUUUCUAAGGUGGAUGACAGAAAAGACGGUCCAGUGUUUCUCUUGUAAAUGUUUUCUUUGUGAGGAAGAGCUCAUGAAACGUCUCUUGAUACAUGGCUUUAGUUCUAAAUAG